AAAAAAUACUCCGUAUUGCUUUACUAAACACGACAAAACAGAAAAUUAAGAUAGAUUCCUCCGCCCGAGAAGUAAACACUUGACCGGAAACCACCACAAUCAUCGGCUAGAACCACCGUAAAAAUGCCGAUUUUCAAGACACCCUUCAAUGGCUACUCCGUGAAAUUCAGCCCAUUCUACGAGAACCAACUGGCCGUGGCAACCGCCCAGAAUUUCGGCAUCUUAGGGAACGGCCGGGUCCACGUCCUCCAGCUGAACCCCAACGGCCCAAUCUCCCAGCUCGCCGCUUUCGACACCGCCGACGGCGUCUACGACGUCUGCUGGUCCGAGGCCCACGACUCCCUAGUCAUCGCCGCCACCGGCGACGGCUCCAUCAAGCUCUACGACAUCGCUCUCCCGCCCACCAACAACCCCGUCCGCUCCUUCCAGGAGCACACCCGAGAAGUCCACGGCGUCGAUUACAACACCGUCCGGAAAGAUUCGUUCUUGUCGGCUUCUUGGGACGAUACGGUGAAGCUCUGGACCGUGGAUAGGAAUGCUAGCGUUAGGACUUUCAAGGAGCAUACUUACUGCGUCUAUUCCGCCAUGUGGAAUCCCAGACACGCCGAUGUCUUUGCUUCGGCUUCCGGCGAUUCUACUGCCCGUAUUUGGGAUGUUCGAGAACCAGGUUCUACCAUGAUUCUGCCUGCGCAUGAGCACGAAAUCCUCUCGUGCGACUGGAACAAGUAUGACGAUUGUAUCAUUGCAACUGCCUCGGUUGACAAGUCGAUUAAAGUUUGGGAUGUGAGGAAUUACAGGGUGCCAAUAGCGGUGCUUAAUGGGCACGGGUAUGCAGUUAGGAAAGUGCGAUUCUCACCGCAUAGAGGAAGUGUACUUUUGUCGUGUUCUUAUGAUAUGACAGUUUGCAUGUGGGAUUAUAUGGUGGAAGAUGCUCUUAUUGGAAGGUACGAUCAUCAUACUGAGUUUGCAGUCGGGGUGGAUAUGAGUGUUCUUGUGGAAGGUCUUUUGGCGAGCACAGGAUGGGAUGAACUCGUUUAUGUUUGGCAGAAUGGAAUGGACCCAAGAGCACCUUGACAAGGGAAGUCAAUUUUUUUUGUUUUUUUGUUUUUUUUGUUUUUUUGUUUUUUCGUGCUAUAUUUGUCGUUGAGUUACAAACGAGUUACUUAUAUAUACUUCUUUUCAGCUUCUAA